AACAAUGUGUGUUUACAUUUUCCACAUUAUUGACCACGUGUGAAAACAAAAUGGCUAGUGACAAAUCUAUUGCAGAUGAACUUGGAAAGAUUACUUUGUUUUCCAAAGAGGGCUCUGAGAUACUUGCGAAUGUCGUUCUACCUAAGGAUAUCAAAAAAUAUUCUUUAUUGGUUUUCUUAAGAAAUCUGGCAUGAAUUGCAUGUCAGAUGAAGAUUCAGGCCUUUCGCCAAAUCGAGUCAACACUUACUCAGAAUGACAUCAGGCUUGUCUUCAUCAGCAACUCUACAUCAGAGCAGACGACAGAAUUCUUGCAGAUUACAACAGUGUCCGUAUGUGGAGAUCUAUUCUCGGAUCCACAACUUCAUCUGUAUAAAUUGUUCAGUUUAAAGAGGGGUCGGUUCAGAUCACUUUUUAUGCCUAUUGUUUCUGGUUUGCGAAAAUAUGGAAUGAAAGGAGUAACUGAAGGUAUUAAACUUGGUUACGAAACCGGACAUCUAGCAGGAGAUUCCUGGCAACAAGGUGGAACUGUUAUCUUAGACACAGAAGCCAACAUUAAAUAUGUGCAUGUUGAAGAGCACCCAGCUGAUUGGCCAGACAUGGAAAAGGUUCUCCCCUUGAUGGGAAUUCAAAAUACUUCUAUAGAUUACAAGAUGGCUGUUAAUGAUUGGCUAAAAGCUAGAGAGGAAUCUACAAGCAAAUCUUAAUAACAAUAACAUAAGAUGGCAUCAGUGUAAAUGAAUGAAUGCAUGUGUUUAUACAUUUUUUCAAGUUGCAAAAUAGCUUAUAUUUAAUAGCAAUUAUUUUCAUAAUUUUACAUUUAUGUCAAAUAUUUAUUAAAUUUUGAAUUAGUCGAUGAUUAUCUAUAGAAAAGAUGAUAGAAUGAUGGUUGAUCUAUAAAGACAUGGUCACUAAUCAGCCUGAUGGUAAAUCAUCAAUUGAUAAUCAGAUAUAUUGUUAUAUACCAUUCUUUUGUAUUAAUUUUGUAAUAUGUAAUAAAGAUUUUUAAAAAUUCCUA